ACAGCGAGAGACAGAGGUUGAGGAAUCACGAAACAGACAACUACGGAUUCUCCAUUGUCUCACCCAAACCCGAAACCCUGAUCCGGGAACCCGGAGCUGUACAUGGAGGCAAGGGGAAGAGUUAUCGGGUGUGGACGGGCGGCGAACGCUGCGUUGGGCCUCCUGUUGUUGAGCAUGCUGAGCCGCAUGUCGGCGCUCUCGGUGACUGUGAGCGACGUCGAGUGCGUGUACGAGUACGUGUUCUACGAUGGCGACACCGUUUCGGGGAACUUCGUCGUCGAUGAUGCCUACUGGAGCUCCGAUCACUCCGGCGUCGACUUCACCGUGACGGCUCCUGGAGGUAGUACGGUACACACAUUGAAGGGAACAUCUGAGGACAAGUUUGAGUUUAAGGCCCCUACAAAUGGAAUGUACAAAUUCUGUUUCCAUAAUCCUUCUUCUACACCAGAAACCGUCUCUUUCAACAUUCAUACAGGGCAUAUUCCCCGUGAACAUGACCUUGCAAAGGAUGAACAUUUGGACCCCAUUAAUGUUAAAAUUGCUGAGCUGAGGGAGGCUCUGGAAACGGUUACCCUGGAGCAGAGGUAUCUUAAAGCACGUGAUGCUCGUCAUCGCCAUACAAACGAGAGCACAAGAAGGCGGGUCAUAUUCUACACAGUUGGAGAAUACCUUCUGCUGGGUCUUGUAAGUGGGCUUCAAGUUGUGUUCAUCCGUCGCUUGUUUAGCAAAUCAGUCGCAUAUAACCGUGUUUAAUAAAAUUCCUCAACCAGGAUAUGCUGUAUUCUCCUCCUCAAUUUGGGCUUAUCUUAAUGUUAAUUUAGUAGGAAGAAAGAGACAUAGUUUAUACAAACAACAAUCUUACUUUUAUUUUUGUAAGUCCUCUUGGUGAUGGAUCCACAUUUAUAUAUUGUGUUAGAAUUUAUAAGAU